GUUUCAUAAAUACUAAGAUGAUUUGUGUAGUAGUGUGAUUGUGAGUUUGAGUCUCUUUUGCAGAUGGAGCGCGCUAGCUCUGUAAUAUUAUUUAAAACAGAAGGAAAAUGGAAAAAAAAUAUCAAAGAUAGUGCAAGAAUUCUCUAAUAUUUUGACCUCCAAAUGCACAUGGCUUCUUGGGUUUCUCUUUCUCUCCCACAUUUUUUGGUUUUAUCUUUUGCGUCACAUGCUCUCCUCUCUCUCUCGGAGUUGUUAGCUAUCCUUUUUCAACACCAUUGAAGGCUCUUGACUGAACGGUUAAGGAGAUUCCCCAGAUCUACAGUGAAAGGCUUUUUAGCUAUUCUCGGCCUCGAUUCUUCUUCUGCUUCUUCUUCUUCAGAGGGCGCUCCUUUGGCGGGGGGUGGCUUUGCUUCGAUCACAAAGGCUUGAGUACUUAUUGACGGGCCGCUUUUUGUUAACGCUAUGAGCUCAAUUGUAAAUUUUGAUGCCUUAGUUUCAACAAAUGCACGUUGGUGACCUGAUCUUGAUCUUCUGGCCCAAUAAAACUGGAGCAUAUACUUGGCUCAUUGGAUACUCUACGUACCUUUGUUCUGUUAAAAGUAUCAUCUGGAUGUAAAAAUUCAGCAAAAGAUAUAUUUUUGAGAUAGCUGAGAUGCAUAUGCUGAAGCACCAAACCAAGAUUUAGAAGCCUUAUGAUGUCCAUAUUAUAUCCUUAGACACGACUCUUAUGUAAAUUUUAGAAGUUCUUCAUGGUUUCUGAGAUGGAGGGUGAUCAUUUUGAAGAGAUGGACAUCGAAGUCCUCCCUUCGAUGUGGCCGGAAGAUAUUGGAACUGAUGCCGGAAAGCAGUUCAAUGUAGAAAAGCCCAAAGGGGAUCAAGAUAUGCUGGAGGAAGUAACAAUCAUAGAGGAGCCAACAAUUGUUGAUUUCAAGCGACUUUUAGAGCUAACAGACUACACUGAAAGGGGUGCUUCUCAGUUGGCUCACCUUGUUAAACACUGGGAGUAUAAGCAGGCAAAUGCUGUUCGCCUUCUCAGAGAAGAACUUGACAAUCUAAACAAACAACGGGAAGAUGUUGAGCUAAGAAAAUUGGAGAUAUUGGAGGAGCAUCGAUUCGAGGAAGAAAGAUAUGGCAGAGAUAAACGUCCAAUAUCUAUAUUGGAUGAAGUUUAUGAUAUAUGGCUAGAAGUGCCUCGGAGGAGAAAUGAUGUUGUUGUCCAGAAUAAGAGAGUUGAAAUAGAUGCUGAGUAUGAUACUGUUGUCUACUGGAAGCUGCGGGCCAUGAAUUUAGAGAAAUUGCUAGAGGCAAGUGUUCAGAGAGAGCAGAUACUCACGGACAAGUUACAAGAUAGCAUAACAAAUCUUGAAAGGCAGUCCUCACCUGUGGAAGAAUUGUCCCAGAUUCUGAAUAGAGCAGAUAAUUUCUUGCAUUUUGUUCUUCAAAAUGCCCCCGUUGUCAUUGGUCAUCAGGACAAAGAGUUGCGAUAUCGCUUUAUCUAUAAUCACUUUCCAAGUUUGCAUGAGGAGGACAUUAUAGGCAAAACAGAUGUUGAAAUCUUUACUGGAUCUGGUGUUAAAGAAUCUCAAGAAUUCAAGAGAGAAGUUCUGGAAAAGGGAUUACCAGCAAAGAGGGAAAUCACGUUUGAGACAGAAUUAUUUGGAUCAAAGACAUUUCUGAUAUUCGUAGAACCUGUCUUUAGCAAGUCAGGGGAGACAAUUGGUAUAAACUAUAUGGGAAUGGAUGUAACUGAUCAGGUAAGAAAACGAGAGAGGAUGGCACAGCUUAGAGAGGAAAUAGCUGUACAGAAGGCUAAGGAAACAGAACUGAACAAAACAAUUCAUAUAACAGAGGAGACAAUGCGAGCAAAACAAAUGCUUGCUACAAUGUCUCACGAGAUAAGAUCUCCUCUAACUGGAGUUGUUAGCAUGGCUGAGAUUCUUGCCACCUCAAAGCUUGAUAGGGAGCAACGACAAUUGUUGGAUGUCAUGCUAUCUUCUGGAGAUUUGGUCCUUCAACUUAUAAAUGACAUCCUUGACCUUUCCAAGGUUGAGUCAGGAGUUAUGAAGUUGGAAGCUACAAAGUUUCGGCCUAGAGAGGUUGUAAAACAUGUACUACAAACUGCUGCUGCAUCAUUACAGAAAAUCUUGACCUUGGAAGGACAUAUAGCGGAUGAUGUUCCUAUAGAGGUUAUUGGAGAUGUUCUGAGAAUUCGACAAAUUCUCACCAACUUGGUCAGCAAUGCUAUCAAGUUUACUCAUGAAGGAAAGGUUGGGAUAAAUCUUUUUGUGGUAUCAGAUUCGUCUUCUGGAAAGGGAGAAGGAUGUCCUCAAAAGUUUACUGCAACUGAGUCGAGAGUUUCAACAAAUGGACAAAAAGAAGAGAGACACCAAUCAACAUCUCAAACCAGCAGUGAUGGACAAGGUAAUCAUGGUCAAAGACACAUUGAAAGUCCUUGCCAAAAUCUCUCAUUAAAUGAUGAAUCUAGAACCUCAGUUAAGAGUCAAGUCUCAGUGGAUGGAGAUGAAGAGGAGAAAGAUAAUUCUCCUGAAACGACAGUGUGGAUACGUUGUGAUGUGUAUGAUACAGGAAUUGGAAUACCAGAAAAUGCUUUACCUACACUUUUCAAGAAGUACAUGCAAGUUAGUGCAGAUCACGCUCGAAAAUAUGGUGGCACUGGACUAGGACUAGCAAUAUGCAAACAGCUGGUUGAGCUGAUGGGAGGUAGUCUCACUGUGUCUAGCCGAGAACACUGUGGGUCUACAUUUACUUUUGUACUACCUUACAAGGUUUCAACAACAUUUGAUCAUUCUGAUGACCCUGAUGAGCUUUCAGAUAUGGCUAAUCAUGAUGCAGUAAAUCACGAUACAAUUGAGAGCUUUUUCCAGUUUCAGCCACGCACUUUGGGAUCACUAUUCUCUUCUAAUGGGGACACCAACAACCAAAUGCUUUUACCACAUACUAUGGGGUAUACUAGGUCACAUAAACUCAAUGGGUUCUCCCACAAUUCUUACUCAUUUCCCUCUAAUAAAGUCAGACCAAAUGACACAGCUUCAGUUGAGGAUGCCGGUUCAGUGGUUGAUGAUGCAGAGACACCAUGUGAACCAGAGAGUUCAUCAAGCCAAAGGCCAAGCAAACAGUGUCAAGAUGAUACAAAAUAUAGGUCUCAAAAUCCUAUUGCAGAUUCCACUGAUCACACAGAAGCAAGCAUAGAAGUGCCUGAGAUGAAAAGGACAAAAGAACCCCAAGGAACAUCUCAGAGGCAAGAGAAAUCUCAAAAAAGUUCUCAGUCCAUUUCCAGCAGCUGUAUGGAAGUACCCAAGUCAACAUUAAAACCUAAGAUCCUUCUUGUUGAAGAUAACAAGACCAUCGUAAUGGUGACACAGUCGAUGAUGAAGCUGUUAGGUCAUGCCAUCAAUGUUGUAAAUAAUGGUGUUGAAGCUGUGUGUGCAGUUCAACGUUGCAGCUAUGAUCUCAUUCUGAUGGAUGUCUGCAUGCCAGUUAUGGAUGGCCUUCAAGCUACGAGACUAAUUCGUUCUUUUGAGGAAACUGGCAAUUGGGAUGCUGCAGUGAAGACAGGAAUUGAACAAAUAGUGCCUGGUUUGAACUCAUCACAAAAUUGUCUUGGUUCUACACCAUCUACAAAGAAGAUCCCCAUCAUAGCGAUGACAGCAAAUGCAUUGGCAGAGAGUGCAGAAGAGUGUUUGGCAAAUGGAAUGGACUCAUUCGUGUCAAAGCCUGUAACCUUACAAAAAUUGAAAGAGUGUCUGGCAAAAUAUCUUUGAGAAAAUCUCUUGUAAAUUAAUGCUUGUACAUAAUAAUGAUAGCGUGUUAGGAAUUUUGUAGUGAAUAUGUAUCAUCAUCAUGUUCUUCUCAAACAUUAGCAUCUCGUUAGAAUUUCUGUAGGUCUUUGUAAUUGUCCCCUCUCCAAGAGUCUUUUAUAUUUAUAUUGUUUUGCUAAGGAUUGGAGACAUCUGUGAAUUUUUAGCUAGGAAUUAGAAAGUGAAA